AUGUCUCAAUUUGAUGAUAACAUUGAUGACAUUGAGGACAUUGAGGAUAAGGAGUUUGAGGAUCAGGAGCUUCUGAAUAUACUGCCUCCUCUGCAUGAUAUUCCCGAGAAUGGACAUGUCAUGAUCGAUGUCAAAGUCGAAACGAUGGGACCAGUUGAAGCUGUUUGUAAGCCUUCAGGCAAACGCAGGAUGAUUGUGGAAGCCAUUGCUACCCUGAAGCAAAAAGAAGGGGCAAACAAGUCAGCCAUAUCCAAGAACAUAGAAUUCAAAUACGUGGAAAUCGUUAUUGGAAAGAGUUAUCAAUGGCACGGUGAAGUAUUGAACAACAUUCGCGUGAGUAGCGAGAGGUUUAGAGAAAAACGAGAAGAUGAUAAUCUCCUAGACGAAGAACUUGACAAGCAUUUGGACGAUAUCAUCAAUCAAACACAUGCUACUUUAACCUUGGGCCCAAAUGAUGAGAUGGAGGUGGAUGAUACCCAAAUCCUGGUUGAUGAAGAUCCAUAUUUGCCCUCACAACCUCCGCCGGGUAAAAAAGCGAAACCGUGGUCAAGAGAUAAGAUUGGAGGAGGAAGAAAGAGAAAGGUCACAAUCCCCCCUCGGACAUCGCAACAACAAACUGAGGGUCAACAAAAUGAGGAUCAAGCACAUUCCUCUCGAGGCUCGCGCAUCCAGGUCGAGACUCAUUUUGAAGAAGCUGGUGGACCCGAGACUCAGUUUGACAUUGGUGGACCCGAGACUCAGUUUGACAUUGGUGGACCUGAGACUCAGUUUGGUGGGCAGUCGCAACCACAAUCGGGAGUCAAUUUAUCACCAUGGGGGAGUCCCAAUCUCAACCCCAAAUCGAGGCUCAGUUUGAUGGACAGUCGCAACCACACCAAAGUUCAAUACUCACGUAUCUUAAGAGGGGAGACAGGAUCCUACAGGGCCCAAACAAAUACACUCCGGAUGCGCACAAUAAAGGAAAAGGGAAAAAAUGAGACAUUUCAUUAUUUUGGACAUUUAUAG